UGGUUUGGAUCUAGAAAUCGAGACGCUCCCCCUGCAGCGCGGAUGCUGCUGCAGGAUGGAACCAGCUGCAGCUGCAACCUGCAACUGCGUCGUGUUACGAUUUGUGCAACAUGAAAUGACUGGGUGUAGAUUGUGGGCGCAGACGGAGGGAGGGAUAAAAGGGGGCCGUGGGGGCGCCAUCAGUCGCUGCAUCGCUGAUCCUGCGUGACCGCGCUGAUAUGAAUGGAGAAGUGAGGCUCAGAUUAUAAAUACUCCACCUCUGGCCACUGCCAAACACUCUGAAUCCGGAGAGACCAGAGCACUCCCGUCAAGCCCGUUUCCUUGCAUUUGGCCAUGACGCAAGUCCCCAACAACUUGGCAGGCGAGGUAGGAAUUCUCCCUGAUCAGCGGAGCGGGUCUGAGAGAAAAGGGCACUUCUAUGAACGAUGAUUUGGGUCAGAUUCAGAACGGCUGGUUUGCAGGAGUGCGUGCAGGAGCCAGUUUGAUCGUGUUUCUAAUUAUGACCCAGUUCAGUUAAUCUGUGGAGUGCAACAAACAAAAAAUCUAAUUAAAUAGGACGAUUUCAAGUUGUCUUUCGUAUAAAACACCCGUUACAGAUAGAAGCAGGUCUGCGUGCGCGCCUGUGGACGUUAACAUACUUUAUUUAAGAGCAUAUGCAUCAUACCUGCCACAGCUUUUGAACCGAACCUGUUCUUCGGCUUUGCAUUGUUGGUGUCAGCUGAUGCUCUUUAGUGCUUUGUCUUCAGCGUGUCAGUUCACUCACUGGCUCCUCUGCUCCUGCUCUGUUCACAUCUUCCCUGGGAGAAAAUGAAAGCUGAUUUGGAAGCACCACUGCCUGUUGUCCAGGAAGAUUUUGCAAUCCGGUGCAGAGAUGUGUGCCGGUCAUACGGAAAACUGAAGGUCCUCAGCAACCUGAACCUGACAGUACCUCAGGGACACAUUUACGGCCUUCUGGGGCCCAGUGGAUGUGGAAAGACCACGCUUCUAAAAUGCAUGGUGGGAACUUUGAAGAUCUCCCGCGGCCACAUAACCGUCUUGGGAAAACCACCCGCUUUUCCUGGUCAUGAAGUUCCAGGGAAAAUGGUCGGCUACAUGCCACAGGAGUUGGCGCUGUACAACGAGUUCACCAUCAGUGACACUCUGACUUUCUUUGGGCGAAUCCACGGCCUGACAUCAAAAGAAACCCAGGCUCGCAUGAACUUCCUCAUCGACUUCCUGCAUCUACCUCAAAAGCAAAGCCUGGUCCGAAAUCUCAGUGGGGGUCAGAGGAGAAGAGUUUCCCUCGGAGCCGCUUUGCUGCAGAAUCCAGAGCUGCUCAUCCUGGAUGAACCGACAGUCGGAGUUGACCCUGUGCUCAGGGCAAAGAUCUGGCAACAUCUGGUGGAGAUCGUCAAGACGGGAAAAGUCUCUGUUAUCAUCACCACCCACUACAUAGAGGAGGCCAGGCAAGCCCAUGUGGUUGGUCUCAUGCGAAAUGGCUAUUUGCUGGCAGAAGGUCCUCCAGAGGAGGUGAUGAAGCAGCACAGUGCAACAACCCUGGAGCAUGCCUUCCUCCAGCUCUGUGAGACAUCAGACCAGAACUCCUUAGGUCGGGAGUCCAGUCCUCAGGGAGGAUCGCUGGAGAAAAGCCAAUCAUUUGAGAUCGGGCGUGAUGAGAAUCAGCCAAUCCUUUCAAUAGGACCACCUCCUGCAGAAGAAUUUCCUAAAUGUUCAGCUGACUGGAAGGCACGAGCCAGACACGUGCUGCCAAAGGGGAGAAACAUUGCAGCGCUGGUCAUUAAGACGAUGGUGCGGAUGAAGAGAAUGCCGGGCUCGCUGUGUUUCCAGUUCCUGCUUCCCGUCAUCCAGAUUUCUCUCAUCUGUCUGUGUGUUGGAGGCGAGCCAAAGGGGAUCCAGGUUGCCGUGGUGAAUAACGACACCUCCCCCUCCUCUUAUAGCACCUUGCUGCUCACCUUCCUGGACAACUCUAGCGUGCAUCAGGUACCACUGCCCCACAAUGAGGCAUUUGAAGGGGUCUAUACUGGAAAGUACUGGGGUGUGAUUGGUUUUGGAAAGAAUUUCACCAGUUACCUGACAAAAAGGGUUUUGCAACGGCAAGUCUCCAAGGAGGUGGUUGAUGGAGGAUCAGUUCAUGUCUGGCUGGACCUGACGAAUCGACAAAUUGGCCUAAUGCUACAGAAGGAGCUCCAACAGGCUUUUGAGGCUUUUAUGACUAAUAGACUAGGAAGCAUGUCAUACCUGGCCGAAAUGCCUGUGAAGUUUGAAGAACCGAUUUAUGGAAGUCUAAACACAGACUUCACCACAUUUGUGACUCCAGGAGCUGUUCUCAGCAUCUCUUUCUACCUGGCUGUUGGCCUGACGGCACUCUCGUUCGUCCUGGAAAGGAAGGAGGGGCUUUUGGACAGGUGUUGGGUCGCAGGUGUGAGCUCCAUAGAGACGAUGCUCGCUCACCUCUUCUCUCAGCUUUUUGUCAUCAGCGUUCAGAUCAUCCUGAUGCUCCUCUUCAUCCUUCUCGUCUUCAAGAUACCAAAUGAAGGCUCCUUGGUGCUGGUCAUAGUUCUGAUUGUGCUGCAGGGAGUCUCCGGGAUCUCCUUCGGUCUUGUGAUCUCAGCUGCUAUUGAUGAUGAGCAGAGCGCCAAUCAAGCCGCCCUGGGCAUCUUCUACCCAAACCUCAUCCUCAGUGGGAUCAUUUGGCCUGUGGAGUGCAUCCCGUAUCCUCUCCGGUACCUCAGCCUGGCUCUUCCUCAGACCUACGCCUCAGAAUCCCUUCGCUGCAUCAUGUACAGAGGUUGGGGUCUGUCUAAGAUGAUGGUGUGGCGAGGCUUUGCCGUCACUCUGGGCUGGAACACCUUCUUCCUCAUCUUGGCGAUGGUCAUCUUGAAGCUGCGGACGUGACGGCCACCCUUUUUUACCUUGGAGUUCACCACCCUGAGUCCGCGCAGAGCUUUCAGGUGAACCCCACCCCUAAGGAGCCUCCUCCAUUCUCUGGGGUAACCAGGGCAACAGGAAACAAAAGGAAACAUGGAGGGAGGUUCCACUGUGGGUUUUUUAGAUUGACAGGUCAGUGCAUCAGUCACCUUCCCCAGAUUAUCUCUCUGACACACUCUGAUCCUGCAGCAGUUGCUUUUGUCUGUUCAAAGUGUAACUUUAUGAUGCUGCACCCUUUUCUGUAACAUCUAGAAAAUGUUCACUCUGUGAAUAACCACAAGCCAACUCAGGGUCCCAUUAGAAAAAACACAGUUCACCCCUAAUCUUAGUACUAACAAGAUAGUUUUUUCCUCUUUUAACAUUUUAUCAGACUUGAAACAGAACUUGAUCCCUCCGUUGUUGAUUUAAAAGAAAAAAACACUACCGCCGGACGUUUUGAUGUCAGUAUUUACCUUUAAUCUACAUGUGCAUUACAGAAAAUGAAGGAAAAGUUAUAAUAAGAAGGAUUUGAGCACAACUACAGAUUGUUUCUUUUCUAAAGGAAGCAUAAAAGGUACGUUUUCAAAGCAGAAAAUAGAGAAGAUUACGUUGUGGGAACACGAAUGAAGUGAUGAUGCUUUAUGGCGUGAGCCCCUUCAAGCACAGCAUCUCUCUCUUGUUGCUCGUUUGUGGUAUUUUGUUUUCUUCUUAGAAAGAAGAGGUGACCGUUGUUUAAUCUCUUUUUUUAUCAGGUGUUUAAAUGUGUUGCACCUUUUAGUUCAGGUUGAAGGUUUUUUAUUCUACAGCUUCAUGUCUGACAGUGUUGGUGAUGGAAAGUUCUCAGCUGUAUUUUUCAGUUUUGUUUAUUUUCCUUCUUCUUCUUUGCUGGACAGAGUGGAAGUCGAGUCACUUUUCUGUGUUAUGUUUUUUUCUUUUUACAUAUUUGCUAUCGUAUGAAGUUCCUCUGAAAAUCCUACAAAAUAAAAGCACACAAAAGGAGUUCAGCAUGUUAUCAAGAUGGUGACAAUCAUGAAGGAAAUAGAAGAAAGAAAAUAAGAAAUGAGGACAUAGUAAAACAUUUUGGUUAGAAUGUACACAAUUGUUCGUAAAGAAAGCUGCAUUUUAAUAAAUUAAUUCUUCCUGUAUACAUUUAUAAGUGUUUUUUUAUGUUUUCAUUUUCAUUUAGAAUUAAAACAAUUAUAGAAAACAUUCCAGUAAGAUAAGAUUUAAAAGGCUAAAAUCAAAGUACUGGGGGAAAGUAGUUCUCUGUUUAGAAUAUCUUCUUUCCUUUGUAAAAGUAAACACCAUGCACCCAUCAAAAGCACCUUACCAGCAUCACAUCUAAUGCCAGAGACAGAUUUAACAUGUUUACUCAACAGCAUUUAUUACAUCAGAGUAUAUUUUUGAUCUUAUUCGCACACACGUUCCUGUUUGGGUUUUGAACUUAUGUAGAUUUUCUUGUGCUGUAAAUCUGCAGCUGAUGGUGGUGUUUCUCCUGCAAAUUAUAAUCAAUCUGAGCUCUUGUUUGUGAAACUGUGACUGCUUUCUUUUUUUUUUUAAAUGAUCAACAAGCUUGUGAAUGAAUGUGUCCUUGAACGAAUGAUGGGGAUGAAUCAUUUUUUUGUGUUGGAGGGUUAACUUGUGCCUAACUUAACGGGCUAAAUCUGUACUGCUUCUGUCAACUUUGGGUCUUAGUUGUUCAUAUAGUACUUUUUUCACCAAAAUACAUUAAAUAUUGUUGCCAAAAUAUUUGUUUAAACUUUGACAGAUAGUGGUGAUGUGUUUGUUAAAAUGUGCUCUGAUCCCAUGAAAUAUCUUAUAAUGCUUUGAACUUUCAUGUUGACCUUAAAAGUAAUCAAACUAAAACAGAAAUGUACACGUUGGAAGGACCCUUAAGAUGCAUUUAUCAGAUUAGUGACACUCUUGUUGAUUAAAAGGAGGCAAAUCCUCUUUAAUGUGUUAACUUUUUAAAUUCGAAUGUUAGAGUUUAUGCCAAAAUGAGUCAAGUCAACAUAAAACUCCAGCCGCUUACCUCCACCAGGGAAGAACUGACACUCCCGUGUUGCAACUUGUACGCACUGUGAUAGCACUCAUGCUUCCAUAAAGAUCUUUUCAUUUAUUCUAAAACAAUAAACAUCAUUGAAAAAAAAUC